CACACAUGUGGCAAACUGCUAACCUUAGGCGUGGCGUCUUAGGUAAGAAACCAAACACGCCCUGAAACACAAGAAGCUCCUCUCAAGCACAGGUAGAGUACAGAGACUGUCCACUCUCCCACUCUACCCUACUCCAUGCACGAGAUGGGCAGUCAAAGGCUCCUGCUUCUCCUGGCUCUGCUCCUUCUGACGAUGCUCGCGGCGGUGGUCGCCGGAGAAGGCGACGGCGUUUCUGCAACCGGCACGGACGGAGCGAAUGCCACCACCGGCGCGGGGCCACCGGCCGGCGGGACGCUCGACGUGCGGGCGAGGAAGUGGUGGCGGUUCCCGGCGACGGAAGGCCUCGUCACGGGCAGCGAGCGGAGGGUGCCCAACUCGUCGGACCCCCUCCACAACCGCUGAGGCGCUGAUGCCAUUGGUGCAUGCAUUCCUUCGUGCUGCUUCAACUUCUGUUGGUAGUUACUUCUGGUCUGAUGCUUUUAGGCUGCAUAAUGUGGCUUAGUGUUCAGAGUUCAGAGAAUUGAAUUGCUUAUACAAGUAAGUGUAGCUGAUUUUGGUUUGGCUGGUUUGACAGCUCGAGAGCU